UGAGGCCUAUUUAUAAACAAUUUGAUCAUGUUAAUUUGUGACGAGGAGGUUGUAUGGAUACAACAUCAAUUUUUGGUGAAUGACCGGCUAAGUUCUUAAGGAUGGCGACCUUCCUCACUCAUGUAAUGUAUAGACAUGCAGAAAUAUCAGGGGAUGAUAACAAAUGAAGUAAUGGAUUACAAUUAGUAUGAUAAUCUUUAAUACCUACAACUCCCGCCCAUCAUUUUUGGAUUAAACCAAAAAAUUAGAUCCAGAUCUACAAGUUCGUCUAGUUGGUGGACGAACCGCCUACGGAGGUCGCGUUGAGGUGUUCUUUGAAGGUUCUUGGGGAACAGUUUGCGAUGACAUCUGGGACUUGAGAGACGCCAUAGUUGUAUGCAGAAUGCUUGGCUAUCAGACCGCAGUGAGAGCAGUCACGGAUGCUGGAUACGGUCAAGGUUCUGGGAGCAUCAUUCUUGAUAAUGUCGGUUGCCUUGGGACAGAACGCAACCUUGCUGAAUGCUCCCACAGUGGAUAUGAGAAUCAUGAUUGUGAACAUAACGAAGACGCUGGUGCUGUCUGCGCUAAUGUCCGACUACCAGAGAGUCCUCCUCUUGAAGUUCGUCUCGUAGAUGGCCCAAACUCCAGAGAAGGCCGAGUUGAGGUGCUAUACGAAGGCUCCUGGGGUACAAUCUGUGAUGACAACUGGGAUUCGAAUGAUGCCAAGGUUGUCUGUAGAAUGCUUGGGUAUAACGGGGCAUGGAGUGUACCACGUCGAAGCGCCGCCUACGGCCAAGGUUCUGGCACCAUUCUCCUUGAUGAUGUCGCAUGUGUUGGAACAGAAAACAACUUGGCAGAAUGCUCUCAUAGCGACUUCGGAGUUCACAACUGUGACCAUACAGAAGAUGCCGCUGCAGUGUGCUCUAUUGAAGACACGACGAUUGAGCAUUUUGAAGUUCGUCUUGUCGAUGGAAGAAGCAGGAAUGAAGGACGGGUUGAGAUGUUCUACAACACAUCCUGGGGGACAUUGUGUGGUGUUGGAUGGGGCUUGAGAGAGGCUGACGUGGUCUGUAGAAUGCUGGGGUUCACGGAUGCUUCAGACGUGCUACAUAAAGCAGCAUUCGGUGAAGGAGUUGGGAGUGUCUUUCUGGAAGGUAUCUCCUGUCUUGGAUCAGAGAACAGCCUGACUGACUGUACCUUCACAUAUUUUGAAGCGAACAGCUGUCGACAUAGUCAGGAUGUCGGAGUAACGUGCAAACAUGCAGGUGCUCUGAUAUCGACGACCAAAUUUAACCCACCAACCCCAUUGGGACAUACAGAACAUGUCUCUCAAAGUACGACUGUUAACUCAGAAUCAUCCGCUGGGGACAGUCGAACACUCUCUCUUGCGGGUGCUCUGAUAUCGACGACCAAAUUUAACCCAACAACCUCAUUGGGACAUACAGAACAUGUCUGUCAGUGUCCGACUGUUAACUCAGUGUCACUCAACACUGAGAACAGUCGAACACUCUCACCUGUCUCAAUAGUACUUGGAGCAAUCUUGGCGGCGUCGUAUGCACUGUUCCUGCUGUUAGGCCUCUAUGGGUGCCAUCGACUUAGAAAACUGGAGAGGAUGACGGUUAAUGACUUGAGUGAACAGCCUACUUCAAAGGGAACAGGUUCUCCUAAAGCAGCAUUAGCGUAUCUGAAUCUCGCCUCACAUUCUAGGAAGUCCACAGAGACCCUUGGAAAGGAAGCUCCAGGUGAACUGCAAUACAUGAACUUGAAGGUACCAGAAAACGCCAUUGGAGGAGACCGGGUUUACACAGAUUUGUCGUUUACGAAGGGCAGUGAACAGGAAGGUCCAAGUCGCAAGUAUAAAACUCCCAUAAAGCCGCCCAUUGGUCGCAAACCUAAGUCUGGGAGGCUUGGAUUUCCAGAUAGAAUUGACCCCUCACCCUUGACCCAACAUGACCCCAUAUAUGAUGAUUGUGAGUGAUUAUAAUAAUGAUUAUUGAAGGAGAGUAAGAAGGACUCAGCACGAUCCCACAGACUUUCGAGAAAUGACCCGUUACCUUGUCCAUCUGCAAACAUUACAACCAUGUAUUACGUAAUCCUAACACGAUUCCCAUGAGAUAUGUAUGUAUAAUAACGUAUUGAAAUUGCCCUUGAGUAGUUUUCUCGAAACUCUUUCCGAUUUUUUCCCCUGAACUUAUAGAAGGACAAUUACAAAAGAAAUUUAUCGCUAGAUAAUUUCCAUGGAGCAUCGUGAUACAAUAAUAUUCUCCCAAAUGGCCAAGAUUUUUAAAAAGAUAUUAGAAGAAGAAUAUUUUAAAUUGCCCUUAAGAAGAUUAAGUUCGUAUCUUUAUAAUAAUCUAUAGGAUUUUCCACCGAGAUUUACUUCUUUUUAGAAACAGAGCCAAUUGAGAAAAAAAGGAUCUUCUCAAAAUAUUACAUCUUCCUCUUAAGGACUAAAAUGAUGUUAUCUAUUAUCAUGUGGACUAUGAAAAAAAUGGAUAGUGACUGUUUCAAACAUGUGUAUAGAUAUGCAUAGAAUGGGAAAGAACGUAAGGAGGUACUUCUAACCAACUAUGUGCACUAAAUCGUUGAGUCUACAUUGAGAAAAUUGGUGGCCCGUCACUUUAUGAUAACAAAAACCCUCUUUAGUCCGUCAUGGUGUUAUUAGUCCUUCAGGAUCUUUUAACAUCCUUAAUCCCCUUUGACCAUCUUGGGUACCGUUGCAUAGAAGAGUUUUUCUUCAUAGAGAUGUAUUUUAACGCCAAAAUACAUGUAUUUCCCUUGGUAUAAUAUUCGGAGUGCAUUGUAAAUGGAAUUGAUGUUUUUGCAUCCACACAAAAAAAAAUUCGCUUGAUUGACUUUAAACAUAUUGUAUAUAGCGUAGGUAAGUUUUGAGGGUUACACCAUGUAAUACUAUCCGAAGAAUAGAAACCCUAAAAAGGACUGUGAGCUCCGCUAAGAGCUCUUGGUUCCAGAUGCUUUGAUCAAUAUGCUCUGAUCAACUUCAUGAGAAUGACUAAAGCAUUGUACAUAGUAUGCUGCAAAACGAGUCUUUUAAUGUAUCACGUGUAAGACAGAAGAGCUAAUUUACGGUGAUGAGGAAAAUAUUCUCAUCUUCACACAAUCUUUGUCAAUGAUGAGGAAAUGUCUCACUUUUGGUUAUGAGAGACCGGAAAAGCUAACGAUUUAUUGUUUUGAAAUUGAAAGCAUCUUCGCGAAAAAAUACAAAGCUCUAUUGACUACUUUUAAUUGUUGCUAUUAGAGUCCUGGUUUCAGUACGUGUAUUUGAAUGACGUAUACAGCGGGUACACCCCUUCCCUUCCCCAUCGAAUGUACACAAGGGAAAGGAAGAUAGGCAAUACUCGAUCACCUUGUCUCUCGCAUUUUUAUUCACACAGUAUGACAGAUGAACCCUACGUUAAAAGGGGAGUGUUUCACAAAGAUUCUAAGUUGAAUUUAACUCUAAGUUGGACUUAAAAAUUAUGGAGAGCCAUUUGUAACCUUAUAAUUAAAUAUAUUCAAAAGCAAAAAUUCUAAAGUAUUUUAGACUUUUCAUAAAUUCCAGAUCAAGGACAUGAAAUCUCACAAGAUAAUAGAAAAUAUGAAUGAUUUGAAUCAACAUUUUAUGCCUUUUGAAAUAAUGUUUACAAAAUAUUGUCAAUGAUGCUAACAGCUUUCCAUAAUUGUUAAGUCCAACUUAGAGAUAAUUUCAACAUAGGAUCUUUGUGAAACACCCCCCAUCACUAGUCUGUACAUCGAAUUAAGAUAUAUACGUAUGCAUUUUUGUUUUGUUGGUCUCAUGGGCUGUCAUUAUUGUUGAUGAGUACACAUCUGAUUUUGUAUUGUGUUUCUGAUGAUGAUUGCUUCAUGUAUACCACAGCAAUCAGUUACGUCAGUUCUUUGUAGUCGCAAAAAUUUGGUUAAUGCUAGCAUUAAAAUAUGCUCAAAAUAUGCUUGUUAACUUUUGAGGUCCAUUUUUUAUAGUGCU